AUGGCUUCGGAAGAGAAGCGCAUCGAAGACGAACUGUCGUACCCGAUUUUGCUGUCGGAGCGGGUCCGGUCCGCCGUGGACGAGGCCGAGUCGUUCAAGCUCGAGUGCUCCGAGGUCGGCAAGCAGGUGGAUCGCCUCUCGCAAAUGCUCCGAACCGUCGUCCGCUUCGCCACGACGGCGCCGUUUUUGUACGAGCGCCCAAUUCGGCGCAUCGUCGCCGAGGUCUCCAAGAAUCUCGAGCGAGCCCUAACCCUGGUCCGCAAGUGCAAGCGCCAGAGCGUCCUACGACGUGUCGUGACGAUCACCAGCGCCACCGACUUCCGCAAGCUCUUCAACUUCCUCGAGUCUUCCGUCGGAGACAUGAAGUGGCUGCUCAGCAUAUUCGACCCGGACUCCGGGGGCAAUAACGGAAUUGUGCUCUCCCUCGCCCCGAUUGCCAGCAACGACCCGAUUCUCUCGUGGGUUUGGUCCUUCAUCGCCACUAUUCAAAUGGGUCAGUUGCCGGAUCGUGUUGAGGCUGCGAACGAGCUCGCUUCCCUGGCCCAAGACAACGACCGGAACAAGAAGAUUAUCGUCGACGAAGGUGGGGUCUCGCCGCUACUGAAGCUCUUGAAAGAGGGCUCGUCGCCGGAUGCCCAAAUUGCGGCGGCGACGGCGCUCUAUAAUCUGGCCAGUGAUCAGGAGAAAGUGAGGACCAUUGUGAAUGAGGUUGGGGUGCCCGCUAUUGUGCAGGUUCUAGGCGACUCGCCGAUGAAGGUUCAGAGUCGAGUGGCGACCUUGGUGGCGAGAAUGGCGGAGCAUGACAGUGUUGCCCAAGAGGAUUUCGCCAGAGAGAAUGUGAUCAGGCCGCUGGUGACGCUGUUGUCGUUUGAGACUUUCGUGGAGGAUCGGAAGAUUGAAUCGGGUAAGCAAAGCAUUCACUCUCUAGUUCAGAUUAACAAGGAAAUGGAGAAGAGCACAUUAGCAAAAUCCAAUCCCAGUAGCAAUAGUCGUGAGAGUAAUUUUAGACCUUACUCGAAUUCGUAUUCAAGUUCUUCGUAUACUUAUUAUGCUGAGGGGAGUAAUCGUGGGGGACAUAAUCAUAGGAAGGAGAGGGAGAAUGAGAAGCCCCAUGUCAAGCUUCAGCUGAAAGUUAGUUGUGCAGAGGCUUUGUGGAUGCUUGCUAGAGGUAGUGUUUCGAAUAGUAGGAGGAUAACUGAGACGAAAGGUUUGCUUUGCUUGGCUAAGUUGGUGGAGAAGGAACAGGGUGAGUUGCAAUUCAAUUGUUUGAUGACUAUAAUGGAGAUAACAGCUGCGGCUGAAUCCAAUGCUGACCUUAGGAGAGCGGCAUUUAAGACCAAUUCACCAGCUGCUAAGGCGGUUGUGGAUCAGCUCUUGAGGCUGAUCAAAGAUGUGGAUAGCCCGACAUUGCAAAUUCCUGCUAUAAAAUCAGUUGGUUCGUUGGCUAGGACAUUCCCUGCUAGGGAGACCUGGGUCAUUGGUCCCCUAGUGACUCAACUUAGCCACAAAAAUCUAGACAUGGCAACCGAAGCAGCAAUUUCACUUGGGAAAUUUGCUUCUCCAGAUAAUUUUCUCUGUAUGGAGCAUUCAAAGACGAUUAUUGAGUUCAAUGCUAUCCCACCUCUGAUGAAACUGCUAAGAGGCAAUGAACACUCACAGUUGCAUGGACUGAUUCUCCUAUGCUACCUUGCAUUACACUCUGGCAAUACUGACGAUUUGGAACCGACUAGGGUGUUGACUGCUCUUGAAGGAGCAGACCGUAGUGUGCUGCCUCAACAUCCCGAGUUGAGAGAAUUGGUGGCGAAGGCAAUAUAUCACCUCAAUCUGUACCACACUGGAGGUCAUUCUCAAAGGCUGACAUACGUGCCUUGA